AUGCAGCACGAUGACGUUGUGUGGGCUAUCAUCAACAAAACACAUUGCUCCCAUAAAGUAACCACAAAAACCCAACAUUUUUGUCGGAAUGAAUUUAACCUCACUGGUCUAUGCAGUCGGGCGUCUUGUCCCCUCGCUAACAGCAAGUAUGCCACAAUCAGGGAAGAGAAUGGUAUUAUUUACUUGUAUAUGAAGACAGCUGAAAGGGUCAUGUUUCCUGCCAAGCAAUGGGAGAAAGUUAAACUGUCAAGAAAUUUUGAAAAGGCCAUAUAUCAAAUAAAUGAAAAUCUUUUAUACUGGCCUGCUUUCAUUAAAGCAAAAUGUAAACAGAGAUUUGUCAAAAUAACACAGUACCUAAUACGAAUGAGAAAACUUAAAUUAAGAAGAGUGAAAGAACUAGUUCCAAUACAGCGUAAGAUUGAAAGAAGAGAAAGAAGACGUGAAGAGAAAGCAUUGGUUGCUGCUAGAAUAGACAAUGCAAUUGAGAAACAAUUGCUUGACAGACUGAAGAAAGGCACUUAUAAUGAUAUUUACAACUUCCCACAAAUGGCAUUUGAUGCUGCUCUUAAAGCAGAAGAGAUAUCAAGUGAGAGUGAGAAAGAAGAUGAAGAAGAAGAAGAAGAAAUAGAGAGAGAAAUGGAACCAGAGUUAGAAAGGGAGUUAGAGAGAACUGUUGAGCAAACAGAUGAGUUUGUUGAAGCAGACAGUGAUAUGGAUACUGAUGAGGAAAGUGAUUCAGGCAAAAAAGAGGAUGCAUAUGUUGCUAGUGAUUUUGAAUCUGAGACGUCCGAUAUUGAGGACAUUGCUGAAAAGACAGCUCAGAAGAAGAAGCCGCGGGUAGAGAUCGAGUAUGAAACGGAGCCCAUUGCCAGUCUGUCUAGAAAAAAAAUUAAACAUUGA